AAACAAUCUUUUAUCGUAGAGAUAGUAACUUCUGUGCAAAAUAUUUACUUUCACCAUCAAAUCAUUUUUCUCACACCAUCAUAUUUUUGUAGCCAUGGCAACAUUUUGUAUACAAAUUCUUGCCAGCUAGAGAAAUGUUUUCCGCCAACGUUAUCAAAGACGGGGAUUUUACGAAAACUGUCUACACUCUGAUAAAAGACAACCGCUUUCCUGAUGCUAUCAAAAUCCUGCAUGGUAUCCCUGAGUCGAAUUCAACCAGAGCCGGACUCUCAUUGUUGGCCUAUUGUUACUUCUACAUUCAAGACUUUAAUAAUGCGGCCAGUUAUUACGAAGAGCUUACACAAAUGUAUCCGGAAAAUAACGAUUACAAGUUGUAUUAUGCGCAAUCAUUGUAUCAAGCAUGUCUCUACGACGAGUCAUUCCAAGUAACGAAAAAGAUUGUCGAAGAUCCGGAAUAUAAAGGACAAGUUACCAAACUCCAAGCUGCUAUUAAGUACAGUCAGGAGGACGUUUUAUCGGCGAAGAAUUUAGUAAAUGCGUGCCCGAACGAAGAUCCAGACAAGGAAGUGAAUCUCGGGUGUUUGCUCUAUAAGGACGAAAAUUACGAAGAAGCCCUAGCUAAAUUUCUCACGGCGUUGCAAAACCAGGGCUUCAAACCCUAUCUGGGCUAUAACAUCGCUUUGUGUUAUUACAGGUUGAAAGAAUACGGCCCGGCACUCAAAUAUUGCGCCGAUAUAAUCGAACGCGGGAUACGAGACCACCCUGAACUAAGCAUCGGCAUGCAAACAGAAGGCAUUGAAGUGCGUUCGGUGGGUAACACGUUUACCUUACAUGAAACAGCCCUGACUGAGGCUUUUAAUCUCAAAGCUGCGAUCGAAUAUCAGCUCAAAAAUAUGGACGCAGCUCGUGAAGCUCUAACUGACAUGCCCCCGAGGGCCGAGUACGAACUCGACGCUGUGACUUUACACAACCAAGCUCUGAUGAAUUUCGAGCAAAACCCGACUGAAGGUUUCGAAAAAUUGCAGUUUCUGCUUCAGCAAAACCCCUUCCCGCCUGAGACUUUCGCUAAUCUUUUAUUACUCUAUUGUCAACACGAAUACUACGAUUUGGCAGCCGAUAUUUUGGCCGAAAACGCAGACCUGACCUACAAAUAUUUAACUACUUAUUUGUACGACUUCCUUGAUGCGAUUAUCACGCAACAAACAUCACCUAGUGAAGCGUAUCAAAAAUUGGACGAACUGGCGAGUCGUCAUACAGAACUAUUGAGAAAAUUGACAAAACAGGUGCAAGAACACCGCAACCGGAAUGAUACAGAGAUGGUCAAAAAAACAGUAAUGGAGUAUGAGGAAUGUCUGGACCGGUAUAUACCGGUUUUGAUGGCACAAGCGAAGAUAUACUGGGACUUGGAGAAUUACCAACAAGUUGAGAAAAUAUUCCGGAAAAGUGUUGAGUUUUGUAAUGAUAAUGAUAUCUGGAGGUUGAACGUUGCACAUGUUCUCUUCAUGCAGGAGAAUAAAUUCAAAGAAGCGACCGGGUUUUAUGAACCUUUGGUCAAAAAGAGUUAUUCGGAGAUUUUGAAUGUGAACCCAAUUGUACUUGCAAAUUUGUGCGUUUCGUACAUAAUGACCUCACAAAAUGAGGAAGCCGAAGAACUGAUGCGAAAAAUUGAGAAAGAGGAGGAUCAAAUGGCGAUUGAAGAACCCGAAAAGAAGUAUUUCCACCACUGUAUUGUUAACCUUGUUAUUGGUACUCUGUAUUGUUCAAAAGGAAAUUACGAAUUCGGAAUAUCACGGGUUAUGAAGUCGCUAGAACCGUAUCGAAAGUUGGGUACCGAUACUUGGUACUACACCAAACGAUGUUUCCUCAGUCUUAUUGAAAACGUAGCGAAACAUAUGAUAGUAUUGCGAGACUCUGUUAUUCAAGAGUGUAUUUCAUUUUUGGAAAACUGCGAGUUACAUGGCAAGACAAUUCGAACAACUGCCUACCCAAGUCUAUCUGACGAAAACGAAACACCUAACGGUAAAGAAACUGUGGCUUAUGAAGCUCGUAAAAUUAAGUGCCUACUUCUAAAACUACAGAACUAUUAGUAAAAAAAAUCACAUAUAAACUGUUUAUUACACUAAGGAUAUAAAACAACUAGAAAUCACUGAGUAGUAACAAGUGUUAAUAAAUUUGUCUAGUAUAAAAUAUAUAACAAAGAAAUUAAAAAGCACUAAAGCUUGAAUAAAUCACUAAAAAUUACUGGAGAGAGCUUUACGCAAUAAAAUAUCACGGCGGU